AUGAUAGCCCAAGCCGAAUUCAGUCAGGAAUCUCUCACCAACUAUCAUAGAGCAGUACAGAAGGAGCUGCAGUUUAUCAAUUGGAGUAAGCCCCAAAUUGGAUGGGUGAAACUAAAUGUGGAUGGAGCAUCAAGCAACAGUAUAGGACAAGCUGGAGCAGGAGGACUAAUUAGAGAUGAAGGGGCUUACUGGAUGAAUGGGUUCGGUGUCAGCUUGGGAACUACAACUAACAAGGAAAAUUGGCAAGAAAUGUCUUCGAACAUAAGAACUGGACAAAUGAGUGAUUGGAUCACUGACCCUAACUGCAAAAGGGCUGUCUCCUUGAUUUUGAGCAAACAAAUGCCGGACUUGGCUGAUUCAAUUGAUCUUGUAUGCCAAGAAAAGUCUUGGGAAGGGAUAAUUAAGAAGAUCUGGCCAAGGACCAAGUAUGUCAUGGCCAUUAUUACAGGGUCCAUGGCACAAUAUAUCCCUGCGCUUGAGGUCUAUACGGGUGGGUUACCUGUAGUUUCACCAGUUUAUGGUUCUUCAGAGGCAGUUUUUGGGAUUAACAUGAAACCUUUGUGUCGUCCUUAUGAUGUCUCGUAUACUUUUAUACCAAACAUGGCCUACUAUGAGUUCUUACCAAUUGACAAUCAUCAAGAUCCAAACUGCACCAUCAGGAAAGAUGCUCAUUUGAAAGAUCACAUUGUGGAUCUUGCUAAUGUUAAGAUAGGCCAGCAUUAUGAACUUCUUGUCACGACCCGUGUGCUUUCAGGUUUAUACAGGUACAGAAUGGGGGAUAUUCUCCUGGUGACAGGUUUUCACAAUAUCACUCCCCAAUUCAAAUUUGUACAAAGGAGAAAUGUGGUUUUGAGCAUUGACAUAGAUAAAACAACUGAACAAGACCUCCAGAAUGCAGUUACAAUUGCAAUGCAUAUCCUUGAACCACUUGGGUUCUUUCUUUUGGAUUACAGUAGCUAUGCUGAUACAUCCUCUAUUCCUGGUCACUAUGUACUCUUUUGGGAGCUCCAACUGAGAUCAAAUGAUGACUUUCCUGUACUUGAUCAGGUUAAUAUGGAAAAAUGCUGUAGUUUAGUGGAACAAUCUCUGGACCAGAAAUAUAAGUUGCUGAGGAAUCAGAGCAUCAGUACCAUUGGUCCUUUGGAAAUUAGAGUUGUGAAACAAGGAACAUUCAACGUGCUCAUGGACUUUUAUGUUUCUCAAGGAACUUCUUUAAACCAGUACAAGACACCUAAGAACAUAAAGUCUGAGAAAGCCAUUGGAAUUCUGGACUCCAGAGUAGUGGGAAAAUUUUACAGCAGAGAAGUGCCUAAUCAAGACUCGUAGCCUGUGGUCUUGAAGAAUCUUUUUGCAUAUUUCA